AUGAAGUUCCAACUCGAGGGCCUGACAGUGGUCUUUCCGUAUGAGUUCAUCUAUCCUGAGCAGUACAGGUACAUGCUCGAACUCAAGCGCUCGCUCGACGCCAAGGGCCACUCGUUGCUGGAGAUGCCCACGGGGACUGGCAAAACCAUCACCAUCCUCGCGCUGGUGACGUCGUACCAGCUCGCGCACCCCGAGGUCGGCAAGCUCGUCUACUGCACGCGCACGGUGCCGGAAAUGGAGAAGGUGCUCGAGGAGCUUCGCGAGCUCAUGGCGUACAGAAAGAAAGUCAUGCCAGAACAACACGCCGAGAUCCUCGCCCUGGGUCUGUCGUCGCGGAAGAACAUGUGCGUGCACCCGCGCGUCCAGGACGGCAGCUCCCGCGAGAGCGUCGACUCCGAGUGCCGCAAGCUCACGGCGUCGUGGGUGCGUGAGCGCGCCGAGCGCGGUGUGCCGAACGUCGAGCUGUGCGACUUCUUCGAGGAGCACGAGCGCCGCGGAGGCGAGGCGAAGCUCCCCGCCGGCGUCUACACCCUGCAAGACCUCCAGGACUACGGGCGGGAGCAAGGCAUGUGCCCGUACUUCCUCGCGCGGCACAUGAUAUCCUACGCGAACGUCAUCGUUUACAACUACCAGUACAUGAUUGAUCCGAAAGUGUCCAACAUGGUCUCGCGCGAGCUCGAGAAGGAGAGCAUCGUGGUGUUCGACGAGGCCCACAACAUCGACAACGUCUGCAUCGAGGCCCUCUCCGUCAACCUCCGCCUCAACGCCCUCAACUCGGCCUCGAGCAACGUCGCACGCCUGCGGGAGAAAGUCGAGGAGGUGCAGGCCCGCGACGCCGCCAAGCUCCAGGCCGAGUACGAGCGCCUCGUGCAGGGCCUGCGCCAGCACGCCGCGGACGCCGGGGGCGCGGGCAGCGGCGGCCAGCGCACGGCUGGCGAGGACCUGCUCGGGGCGCCAGUGCUGCCCGAGGACGUGCUGAAGGAGGUGCCGGGGAACGUCAGGAAAGCGAAGCAGUUCGUGGGGUUCCUGGACCGGCUCGUGCGGCACCUGAAGCGCCGGCUCGACGUCAACUCGGUGGAGGUGGAGGCGCCGGGGGCCUUUGUGUCUGACCUGCAGAGCAAGCUCGGCAGAGACAUGAACGCGCAGGCGCUGCGGGUGUGCUACGAGCGGCUGCAGAGCCUGAUGAAGACGCUGGAGAUCGAGGACAACGACCAGUUCAUGGCGAUUCAGCUCGUGGCGGACUUUGCGACGUUGGUGGGGACGUACGCAAAGGGCUUCGCGCUGAUUAUCGAGCCCGUGGACGACAGGACGGGGCUGCGGGACCCGAUUCUGCAGCUGUCGUGUCUGGACGCGUCGCUCGCGAUGCGGCCCGUGUUCCAGAAGUACCAGUCGGUGGUGAUUACGUCUGGGACUCUGUCGCCGCUGGAUUUGUAUCCGAGGAUCCUCAACUUCAACCCCGUCGCGAUCCACUCGUUCGAGAUGACGCUGACGCGCGACUGCAUCUGCCCCGUGAUCCUCACGCGCGGCAGCGACCAGGUCGCGGUGUCGACGCGGUACGAGACGCGCGACGACAAGACUGUGGUUCUCAACUACGGGCGCAUGCUUGUGGAGCUGGCAAAGGUGGUCCCCGACGGCAUCGCGUGCUUCUUCGUGUCGUACAUGUACAUGGACCAGGUGGUCUCGCAGUGGCAGAUGGACGGCAUUCUCGACGAGCUCAUGGAGCACAAGCUGGUGUUUGUGGAAACGCAAGACGUCGUGGAGACCACCCUGGCGCUGGACAACUUCCGCCGCGCGAACGACCGCGGCCGCGGCGCCGUGUUCCUCUCCGUCGCGCGGGGCAAGGUGUCCGAGGGCAUCGACUUCGACAACCACUACGGGCGCUGCGUGGUGAUGAUUGGCGUGCCGUACCAGUACACGCAGUCUCGGAUCCUGCGCGCGCGGCUCGAGUACCUCCGCGAGACGUUCCAGAUCCAGGAGCAGGACUACCUCACCUUCGACGCCGUGCGGCAGUCCGCGCAGUGCGUCGGCCGCGUCAUUCGAUCGAAGGCUGACUACGGCAUGAUGGUCUUCGCCGACAAGAGGUACCAGCGGCACGACAAGCGCGGGAAGCUGCCCGGGUGGAUCACGUCGCACCUCAAGGACGCGCACAUGAACCUGUCCACGGACAUGCUCGUCCAGGUGGCGCGCGAGUUCAUGCAAGAGAUGGCACAGCCGUUCGAUCGCGGCAUCGUGGGGAAGUCGCUGCUCAGCGCGGAGCAGGUGGCGGCGAUGGACACCGCUGCGGCGCCGCAGACGGCCAUGAACGGCGACGCGCAGGCGGCGGGCGUCGCGUAG